AAAACCUCUACCGCUGGGGUUUCUCGUUUCCCCCAAUGUCAUCUCGUCUUUCUUAACUGGUUUAUGCGUUUUGGAUUGAAUUUUUUGGGGUUUGGGUUUUUCUCUUCUUGUUUUGAUUUGGUGUUUUGUUGGUAAUCCAAAAAGAAAGAUAGUAUUUUUAUAGAGUUAUAGAAGGAAAAAGGUUUAAGCUUUUUGUAGUUGAAGAUGCAGAACAUUAGGAGGUCUGUAAUAUCUAGUAAGAGCAUAUGGCGUGGUUCCUUCAGAUCAUUUGUGGAAUGUAAGCCUUUUUCGAAUGAUUUUACUUCAGCUUCUAAAAGGUCUCCGGUGGAUCGGAAUUCUAGUUUUGCAAGACAGUAUGUGACAGGUGCCAAUAAUAUAUCAAAGAGUGUACUUGGAGCUAAUGGCAUUUCUCUUCUAAGUAGAGGACAGUGCGGCGGAGAUUGUAUAGUUAAGUUUCAAGCUUCGGUCCAUCACAUAGAAAAUUGUGGAUUGAAGCUCAUGUCUCCUUACUUUGCUAGAUUCUUUGCAUCAAGAACUUCAAAGCAAUCGAAAGAAGUAUCUGAGACUAGAAAAGAAUUGUCUAAUGUUGAGGAUCCGUUUGAUGCUCCUACAUACAAUAUCCCAGAAAAGCCUGUGACAUUUACAGAGGGCGCUAGCUACAGUCUCAUAAUCCUUGUUGGGCUUGGGAUUGCAGCUGCUGCAGGAUAUGCUGUCUUCAAGGAGUUGAUAUUUCAACCAAGAGAGUAUAAGAUAUUCAACCAGGCCCUGGAAAGGAUUCAGAACGAAAGCCAGGUUAGGGUGAGGAUUGGACAUCCUAUUACUGGCUAUGGUCAAGAAACUAGAAAUCGUGCUGCUCGCCAACGUAUUCCGAACAGGAUAUACACGGACGAAAAUGGCAUAGAACAUGUGGAGGUUAAUUUCUAUAUCCGUGGGCCCCAUGGAGCCGGGAAAGUUUUUGCCGAGAUGUUCAAGGACAAAACCGACAACAAAUGGAAGUAUACCUACUUGAUUGUUUGUGAAUGUCACAAAGUGACCAAUGGCGAAGGAGUAGCAUCGAGGACAAGGUUGUCGCCGGAGGAAAUCAAACAAUGA